UAUGUGACGUGCAGUUGUCUCUCUUGCUUUUCAUCAGUUCAUGACUUUGUCAUUUGGGAAGCAAAAUAAUAGCACGUUUGAAUUUUCAAGAAACAAGAUUUUACCUGAAAAUGGAAUUUAAAUUUGUUUCCAGUAUUGACUGUAAGCAAGGAGCGGUUCGAGCUGUAAGAUUUAGUGUGGAUGGAUCUUACUGUAUUACAUGUGGGUCAGAUAGAAAGUUAAAGCUGUGGAAUCCAUAUAGAUGUGCACUGUUAAAAACGUAUGGUGGGCAUGGAGCUGAAGUGUCAGAUGCCUGUGCCUCAUGCGAGAGCAGUCAAAUUGUGUCUUCAGGAAUGGAUAAAUCUGUUAUUCUUUGGGAUGUUGCUACAGGUACACCAGUGCGCAGGCUGCGAGGUCAUGUUGGACCAGUUACAACAGUCAGAUUCAAUGAGGAGUCUACAAUGGCAGUAUCUGGUUCACGAGACAAUGCUGUAAUGUGCUGGGAUGUAAGAUCGAAAGCUAUAGAACCAGUACAGACCUUACGAGAUGCAAAGGACACCAUUUCAAGUGUCAGAGUAUCUGAUCAUGAAAUUCUAUCUGCAUCGUUUGAUGGAAAAAUUCGUAGAUAUGAUAUUCGCGUUGGUGAAGUACUAACUGAUGCAAUUGGUGAGGAUAUAACCUGCGCCAGUUUUACAAGAGAUGGACAAUGUAUAGUAGCAAGCUGCGCUGAUGGUGUUGUCAGAUUAAUAGACAAAGAUUCUGGAGAACUUCUUGGCGAGUUUACAGGUCACGAUGCAAAUAACCUGUGUCUAGAAUCUAGUGUAGAUUAUCAAGACACUCAUAUAAUAUCAGGCUCGGGAGAUGGGAAAUUAUGGAUAUGGGAACUAGUGAAUCAGAAAGUGGUUGCAAAACUCUCAGAAGUCGAAGACUCAAAACAUCCCACAGUGUCACUUUCAGUCCAUCCACAAAAAAAUUGUUUCUUAGUUGCCAGUGGUAGCAAAAUAUCAAUGUGGGAAGCUGCAGAUUCCAGUAAAGAUUAACACAGCAUUGCUGUACAGUAAGAGAGGAACUAUUUUAUAAAUAAAUUAUUAAAAGUUAUGCAAUUUUAUAAUUUUAGCAAUUCAUCACGAUUCCUAGAUGGGCACGGCUGAUACUGCUGUCUACGCCUAUGACUGGUUCCGUGGAAGACUACGUGGAGGGGAAACAAGAUUCACUUUAUUUGCUACUCAAUGCCCCCUCCAUACUAUAUCUGUAUAAAACCAAUGGCGUAGAUAGCAAAUUGGUUUUGCUCAUCUAAGGGUGCAAAGAAUCAUGAUUUUUUAAAUAAACCAAAGUAAAAGGUA